AUGCCUUUAUUUGACUCUUUCGCCAGUGGUGCCACUGGUCCAGAAUCGAGGACACAGCAGACCUUCGCUCGCAAGCCUCCUUCGCGAGGUUCAUGGGCAACAACAAACUCGAAACAGAUGCUCAGGAACUACGACAGAUCUCCUGUCACUUCUCCUAUAAGCACGCCACCACUAUCUCGUAGUAAUAGCAGCUCUUCCGUCAAUUCAAUCCAGUCCGAGCCAGCAUGGCCUUCCAAUCGUCACACAUCUACACAAUAUGACCUACCCAGAAAACAAAGUGGUGGCAGCACACCUCAUGGUCAAUCCGACAAGAAGGAAAAGAAGGGCGGUUUGAAAACAUGGCUUUUCGGUGAAAAGGAUGGCUAUGAAAAAGCCAAGAAGAAGAAACAGGACAACGAAAGAAUUGUACUUGGUAGCUCACAUGCUGCUAAGGUCAAGGCGCGUAUGGCGACUGAUCCUCAAUACCAAGAAUUCUUGAAAAAGCAUCAAAAACCCAAUGUCAAAACAGCGAACAUCGUAGGAGACAAUCCCUCCUCCUACAGCACGGCUGCACAGCAUGAGAUGCGAUAUCCACACUCAGGCCCGCCUCAGGUGCACACCCUCGACCUACCAGCACUGAGCAAGAUCGAAAGUCUCGAUGAGGCGGAUGACACACCAGAUCCAUUCGAGUCAAGAAGAAGAGAAUGGACCGAUGCUGAGGAGCACAAUCUUCGUGACAUCCCAGAGAUAAGAAGCAGAGGGCCGAGCCGUGUCGCCUCACCUAUACAUUCACGCGAGUCGAGUCCCAAUGGUCGGCUUACAUCCGGAGUGGCUGCGGCGAAAAGACCAGCUCUCGGAAGCUCGAGAAGCAGUUGGACAGGCGCUGGGCAGUAUCAAAGGGAUGCUACUGGGCGUUGGAGGAAGUCACCGCCUAGCGGUCGAACGCCAGGGACACAUUCAGGCGCCAGAACACCUACCACAGCGCAAGCGAUCAUGCCGCAGCCUGGAGAUAUGACUCCGGAUUUAUUGGCCAAGAGUCUAGCUGAGCGCUUGAAUACAGUAGGUCGAUAG